AUGUCUGACUCGGGGAGUGCUGCAAUGAAGCCGCCAGUCCCACCUGCCCCGAAGCCAGCGCCCUCUGUUGUCGUUCUCUCUGCGAGUCCAACUCCGGACCUCGUGUCGAGUGAGGCGGCGCAGGCUGUUCCUGACCCUCCUGCACUCUCUGCUCCUGCUGUUGCGCCACCUACCCCUGUGAACCCUGCGGCACCGACUGCCACUGCUGAUCCUGCUCCACCAGAUGCCCCCAUUCUUGACGCCCCGAUUGGCGACGCUGCCCCUGCUGGCGCCGUGGCGUCGCAACCGGUGGUGUCCGCCACCACUGACGGCCCGGACCAGGUAGCGGUCUUUGUUGCUCCCGCCCCUCCGACUGCGCCGCCGCCCGUGUACACCCCAGCUGUCCAGGCGGUUCGUGGUCCUGCGCCGCUUGCUGCUGCCCCGCCUGCUUCGCGCCCGCCGUCUCCAUGUAGCCGGCAGCAUCGGCCACACUCCCCUGCACCUCGUGACGAGCGGGAGAGGUCGCGGCGGCGACACGACUCUCCUCGGCGCCGUGGUUCCCAAGCGAACUGGGCUGCGUCCCGCGGUGGUAUGGAGUUUGUGACCGCGGCAGGGGGAACCGUGACGGGUCAGUUACCAUCUUUGCUGCCCGUCGCUCCUGCUCCGCCGGCUGCUGCGCUGCCUCAGCAGUCGCUGGUGGGGCCCUCUCCUUCUGCUGUGGUGCCGGAGGCGUCUCUGGGGCAGCUGUGGCGCCUCUCUGAGGGCAUGUGGGCUGUUCACCUGAUUCAGGUGUAUGGUCACGCGGCUCUCGCCCAAGGUGUUCCGUUGGAGAGUGGCCAUCGGGACGAGUGCCUAGAUGCCGCUGAUCGGCUGGGCCCGUGUUCCGUUGGAGAGUGGCCAUCCUGGCGCCCGUGUUGGCUGCGCCCGCGCGGGGUGGAGUUGCGGGCGUUGGACAGCUUGGGACGGCAGUCCGUGGUCUGCGCCGGUUUUUGCGCGCAGGGACUGCAGUCGACUUGA